AUGUCCUGUGGACCGGCCUGCUUUCCGCGCAUUCUCAGCGAGCCAAACGUCUGCCCCCUCCCGCAGACGCAAACGCAGGUCAACGAUAGUGAUAAGGCUGCGCUGCCUCAGCUCUCCUCGAGGGGCAAGGCUCACGCCGCCAACGUGACACCCUUCUGGAAAGUCUUUGACGAUGUCCUCCGCAACGUCUACUCGCCCGAGACGAACACGACUGGCGUCAUCAACAUGGGCAUUGCCAACAAUUCGCUGAUGGAGAAGGAGCUCCUCGAGUACUUCUCGCAUCUGCCCCUCGACCCCACAGAUCUUACCUACGGUACUUCCCUCUUCGGCUCGACACGCCUCUUCGGGGCUCUCAGUCACCACUUCAAUCGCCCCACAUUUUCCCCAGUCACGCCUGUCCUUGAGGAGCACAUCCUGACGGGCCCCGGUUGUGGGCCUCUCCUCGACCAGCUCUUCGAGCACCUUGCAGAGCCAGGCCAAGCUGCACUGGUAGCCGCGCCCUACUACAACGGCUUCGAUGCCGAUCUCAUGACUCGCGCUGGAGUGAGGUGUAUCCCUGUCUACUCGCCAUACGGCGAUGGUAGCGAGGCCGAGUCCUUUGAUGGCGAGACGGCCCUCCGCGGCUUCGAGGAGGCCCUAGCUGCGGCACCUGCAGGCAGCGUCUCCUCCCUCAUCCUCUGCAACCCACACAACCCCCUCGGCCGCUGCUACACCCGCUCUGCGCUCCUAGCAUAUGGUCGCUUUGCGCAGCAGCACAACCUCCACCUCGUAGUCGAUGAGAUCUACGCCCGCUCCACCUUCGCAACGAGUGACGACCCGCAUCCCGUCCCAUUCACAUCAGCCCUCUCCAUCGACUGGCAGCGUGAGGCUUCUGGCUGUCAUCCAUCGCGCGUACAUAUUCUCACCUCGGCAUCAAAGGACUUUGGUCUCAACGGAUUCAGGCUGGGCGUCUUUAUCUCUCAGCAUAAUCCUCAGCUCGUGGCUGCAAUGAAGAGCACCAGCAAGCUCUACAUGGUGUCCAGCCCGGCAGACGCACUCUGGUCGCGCUUGCUACGGGACGAGACCUUGUAUGCUUGGUUUGUCGAGGAGAACAAACAGCGGCUCAGCGCGGCGUACGAGGUGGCCAAGGAGUGGUGCAUGAAGCACGGCAUCCCGUACACGCACUCCAACGCCGGUCAUUUCCUCGUCGCCAAUCUAGACCGAUUUAUGCCCAUCACGCGCCCGGAGGGAUGCACGGCGGAGCAGUCCCAAGUGGCACUACAAGAAGCCGAAGCACUGCUGUGGAGUCGAGUCCUUCAACAUGGAGUGUGCGUCACUCCUGGCUCCAACUACUGGCAUCCCACGCCGGGCAUCUUUAGGCUCACGUUUGCUAUGCCGGAGCAGACACUGCGGGAAGGAUUGAGGAGGUUCGAGCUUGCGCUGGGCCUUGGCGAGGGUCGAAGUAACGUAGAGCAGGGUGUGGUUGCUGUUGCGGCAGACGCAGCAGCGGCAGUCGUAGAAGCUUGCAGCUCUGCGGCUGUCAUGCAGACCCACGCCGGGCAGGGGGUGCCAUCGGCGUGUCACGGGAUUUACAUAGCCCUUUGCGGUGGUCAGCAGAAGGACAAGAGCCUCGUCUCUGGGAAUGGUACCGCUCGUCUGGGUCAAGCGUGCUAA